CCCCUUUCCCUACUUCUGUGAUAAAGACCCCUCCCUGCCCUCAUUCCCUCCUUCCCAGCUUUUCUCUUCUUCUUUAUUAAUUAAUAAUAACUACCCCAUCUUCAUCUUCUACAUAAAUAUAUACAUAAAUAUAUACAUAUGUAUAUUUUUAAAUACAUAGGAAUGAUACCGUUGUGAGAGGGCACCAUCACAUUUCUCUUCGUGUGAAAUAUAUAUACAUACACACACACAUGGAGGAGACGAUGAUGAGGAGGCGGCAGGUGAGCAGCAGCGGCAACAACAACAACAACAACAACAUUCCGGCGUUCGGGGACUGGGACGACUGCGACGACCUGCCGAUCACGCAGUACUUCGAGUCGGCGGCGCAGGCCGGGCUGCUGCGCGGCCGCUCCUUUCAAGAACCCCCCGCUGCCGCCGGCCACGCCUUCAAUCUCUCGGCCGAGCCCGUCUGCCCCACUUACCGCCAACACCGCCGCCGCUGCCGCCCCAACGACGACCACCCCAGAAAGCAGGUGAGGAGGAGUGGGGUGGUGGAGAGGGAGUAUGUUCAGUGUGGGGUGAAGGAGCAGCAGCAGAGGAAGCAGCAGCUGCAGGGGAGGGUGGUGGUGGCUCAGAACAUUGUUGUUGCUGCCGGCCCCAGCCCGAGAAAGCCUCCCAGGGCGCCCAAGGCUGUGGAUGAGGACCUCUACAAGAUUCCCCCAGAGUUCCUCUAUGAGAAACCCAGAAGGAAGAAGCUGCUGAGGAACCUGUGGAGUGGGUGCCUUGGACUCAACUGCGUUGCAUGAAAAUGUGGAGGGUGCUACAGGAGGGGAAAAAGAAAAAGGAAAAGAAAAGGAGAAUGUAGCACACAUUUGGAGCUUCUUCAUUUCACUUCCUGUUUCUUCACAUUUUAGUCCUUGUUCUUUUUUCUUUAUUUUGGCUCCUUGUCUUCAUCUUGAUCAAAUAGGGAGGGAGAUGUGAUGUUUCGUAGGAAAAACAAUGUCGAGUCGGUGACCAAGGAGAAGAGGGAGGAGUGUAAAAAGUGUGUGACUUGUGUCUAGUACUACUCUAUGUUGUUGUACUGAGUUUUUGUGGCUUGUAUAAUACAGUGGUAUUGGAAACUUUGAGAAGGUGCUGUGUAGUAAAAAUAGGGGGGUUUUGCUUUGCUUUUUAA